AUGAUUACUGGUACUUCCCAGGCUGACUGUGCUAUUUUGAUCAUUGCUGGUGGUACCGGUGAGUUCGAGGCUGGUAUCUCCAAGGACGGUCAAACCAGAGAGCACGCUUUGUUGGCUUUCACCCUUGGUGUUAGACAACUUAUUGUUGCUGUCAACAAGAUGGACUCUGUCCAAUGGUCCGAGGCCAGAUUCGAGGAAAUCGUCAAGGAAACCUCCAACUUCAUCAAGAAGGUUGGUUACAACCCUAAGACUGUCCCAUUCGUCCCAAUCUCUGGUUGGAACGGUGACAACAUGAUUGAGCCUUCUUCUAACUGCCCAUGGUACAAGGGAUGGCAAAAGGAGACCAAGUCCGGUGUCGUCAAGGGUAAGACUCUUCUUGAGGCCAUUGACGCCAUUGAGCCACCUGCCAGACCAUCUGACAAGCCACUGAGAUUGCCAUUGCAAGAUGUCUACAAGAUCGGUGGUAUUGGUACUGUUCCAGUCGGUAGAGUUGAGACUGGUGUCAUCAAGGCUGGUAUGGUCGUUACUUUCGCCCCAGCUGGUGUUACUACCGAGGUCAAGUCUGUCGAGAUGCACCACGAGCAGCUUGCUGAGGGUCUUCCAGGUGACAACGUCGGAUUCAACGUCAAGAAUGUUUCCGUCAAGGAAAUCAGAAGAGGUAACGUCUGCGGUGACUCCAAGAACGACCCACCUCAGGGAUGUGCUUCCUUCAACGCUCAAGUCAUCAUCUUGAACCACCCAGGUCAGAUCUCUGCUGGUUACUCUCCAGUUUUGGACUGUCACACUGCCCACAUUGCCUGCAGAUUCGACCAAUUGCUUGAGAAGAUCGACAGAAGAACCGGUAAGAAGAUCGAGGAGAACCCUAAGUUUGUCAAGUCUGGUGACGCUGCUAUUGUUAAGAUGAUCCCAUCUAAGCCAAUGUGUGUUGAGACCUUCACUGAGUACCCACCAUUGGGAAGAUUUGCCGUCAGAGAUAUGAGACAAAC